AUGGCGCGUGGUAGUAGUUCGAAUAACAACGCAAAUGUGAUUCAAUCUUCUCCUAUGGAGGACAAUUCCAGUCCCUACUAUCUUCAUCCCAGCGACAAUCCGAGCUUGCAGCUAGUUCCUCACGUGCUCACUAGAUCUAACUACAUUCAUUGGAGUCGAUCGGUUAACACUGCACUUUUGGCGAAGAAUAAGAUCGCCUUUGUCAAUGGAGCUCUUCGUCGACCAUAUGAUGAUGAUCUGCUAUUUCCAGCCUGGUUGCGAUGCAAUAGCAUGGUUGUAUCAUGGCUCAGAAACUCAAUUUCUCCUCAGAUCUGCUCCAGCAUAAUGUACCUUGAUGAUGCUCAUGAGAUCUGGUCAGAUUUACGCAUUCGCUUCUCUCAGCUUGACUCUGCUCGAGCCUAUCAAUUGAAGCAACGCAUCAUGUCUCUGAAUCAAGGAAAAGAUGAUGUCAAUGCCUACUUCACCAAUCUUCGAAUCGUUUGGGAUGAAUACAAGUACUUUCAACCAGUUGCUUGGUGCAUUUGUGCAACCUGCAGAUGCAAUAGUGCCUUAAAAUGGCAUGUGUAUCAGGAACAAGAGUGCACAAUGCAGUUUCUGAUAGGAUUAAAUCCUAUUUUCUCUCAGAUCCGAUCUACUAUCCUCUCUAUGGUUCCAAUUCCCCCUCUAUCAAAAGUUUUCUCACUUGUUUUGCAGGAGGAAAGACAACAAACUAUUGAUGGCUAUUCUUCAAUUAUAUCUCCUUCUAUGAGUUUUGGCAAAGGAAAAAGCAAAUUUGGUGCUGGUGGCAAGGAGAUCAAGUCUGUUAAUUUUGUGGAGGAUUGCAUUGAAGAUUCAUGUGAUAAAUCUGCCUUCUCUCCAUCAAUGAGCAUGCCUUCUCAGGAGCAAUGUCAGCAGCUCAUAAACUCGCUUCAGUCUCAACUUGCUGCUGCUGCCACCUUCACUCCAUCCACUCCAACUCCCUCCACCUCUGCCGCACCAAAUAUGCCUUUAUCUCCUCAUAAUGUUCCUUUCACAGCUCCUGUUACACAUAUUGGAACUGUGCACCUAACUUCCUCAAUCACUCUUUACUUUGUCCUAUAUGCAGCUUCUCAGGAAAUUGUGAUUGGGAGGGGUAUCGGAUUGGGAAAUUUGUACACACUUGAUGUUUCUUCUGAUUCCAAGAAUAUAGAAGGUUAUGUCAUUCCUUCUUCUUUUACUUCAUCUAUUGAUGUUUCUUACGCAAAUUCUGUUGCUAGCAUAGAUGUUUGGCAUAAAAGGUUGGGGCAUGUAUCCUUUGGGAAACUGAAAUCCAUGUCUGAUAUUCUCAAUUUUCCAAAUAAAACUCCUUCAUUGUGUGACAUUUGUCCUCUUGCCAAACAAAAACAUCUACCUUUCUCAAAAUCUGAUUCUAAUGCCACCAACUGUUUUGAUCUCAUACACUAUGAUGUCUAG